CUGUUAGUGUUUGUUUUUGUUUUUCGCAAUUGUCGAAAAUUUGGGUUUUUCUGAAUACAAAACUUUGAACCUAAGAAAAUUGCUAUAGUUAUUGAGACAAAGGAUAAUAAAGUGUGCAUCAGAGCCUGUCUAUGUAUAAUAGAGGCGAAGCGGUAGCUUCCCGGUCCGGGUGAAGAAGACCAGGCCGAGUAAGCAAAGGAUAACGUCGAAAAGAAGAAGGAGGAGGGUAGCGAGAAGGCGUGAAGGAGAGAAGAGAAAGAAGAAGCAGGGGAAAAUUUUUAAGUCUGAUUUAGUUAAGACAGUGGAAUAGAUGCAAUGGAGACUGACUACCAAAAUUACGUCGAGUCAUUGUCCGGAGUUUCGUCCGAUGAUGACGAUAUCUCAACGGUGGACAGUUCCGAUGAGGCAGCCACAGAGGAUGCAAUGCCGGCGGCGCCCACACACCAGCCCACACAACAACACACUCGAAACCUUGUGCAAAUGCUCUACGACAGAGAGCGCACUGGAUACUUUACGGGUCUAUCUCGUGCGGGCCAAAAACCAAAGCUUCCAUAUGAAAGGGUGCCAAAUAGAUUAAAGUUACAUCUCAAGGACGUGCUGGCCAACAAUGCCAUGGACGGACACAUUUUCAUGGGAUUGACAUCCUGUGGUCAAUAUAUGCUUAGUCACCGUGUUGUUUGCAAUGAUAACUCCUCCCUUAAUCAUUAUUCCUUCAACAUGGGCUACAAAUACACUCUUUAUUUCUGGUUCUUCCAGCCGUAUAAGAAAUUGAAACAAUUCUUUACGCGUCGUUUAUUUGAUGAUCAUGUAGUGGAUAACAUUAAAACGGUCAGCAUGACGCAAUGGAAGAAUGCCAGCCAUCAAAUUCUGGUGGUACACGGUGCUGCCCAAGAGGAGGGCGAGGAGAGCUAUAUAACAUAUGUAAAAGUUCCUAAACUUGGUUGUUUGGAGUGCAAGAAGCUUAUCGAUGACGGUCCAUAUUCCUUCUACAAUGCUCACUGCCUGAAUUGUCAUUUGACUGUGCACACAAAGUAUUCCUCAACAGAGGCGGAUCCCUCAUUCGAACCAAAAAUCAAUUUACUUUGCCCAGAACGAAUUCUAAUCAUCUCGAAUGGUUUUAUGCACAUGCUGCGCAUCGAUAUUGACACGCCGGCCGUGUCGAACGGUAGCAGCUACUUAUCCCAGCAAGCUCUAAUGCAAUCGCGUUCCAUGUUGGUGUCCAAUGCAAGUGAGGAUGAUCGGAGCUCACAAGCGUUCACAGCUUCUGGCUCGGAAGCCGAAUCCAAUGGCGAACAGAGUGUUGUGGCUCGCAUUAUAGCCGAUUUUAGUGAUAUUGAAACGGAACAGCGUGCCAUAAAUAACAACAAUAAUAACAACAACAACUAUGACACUCUAAAUAAUACAUGUUGCUCACCAAAAUCAUAUGAGAAGCUCAUAUUCUCGCCCAACUACAGUACCAUGGGCUCCAGUCUCACAUUACCAGAGACAACUUUGCCAGUUGCAAAGCAAAGUCCCAUUGGUGGCAGCAGCGAGACAAGCCAAGCUCGAAGACGCAAUCAACGAAUUGUCACCAAAUCCUAUCGCAAUGGAAUCACCACCAUAGAUGUUCAGAGUCCACCAAGCUCUAGUUCAAUGACUGACAAGUCCAAUGCCUAUGAAUUCUCCGAGGAUAAUGAGAAAUGCGAGAAAAUUUCAUUAUUUCGCAAGCGAAGACUUGCCGAGAAGAAAUAUGAAUUCUCCGAGGAUAACUCUGAGAAUAUUAUACCAUUUACCAAGGUGCGAUCGGCUGGUCGAGCCUCGGCGGGUACAUCGGCGACACGCGGUUUGCAUCGCUUUUCGCCUACAGCUCACUUCUUUCAUAACUCACCGUGCGCUUCGCCCUCCUCAUCGCCCCAUCCGGCUCAAUCGGCUCAAAUGCAGACACAGACACCGCCCCACUUGGGUUUCCGUUCGCCGCCCUCCAGUUCGAAUAUGAUGCGUUCGCCUAGUCGUAACGCCGCUUCGGUGGCCGCACAAAUCUACAAUCAGAAGUCACCACCGCUUUCGCAGGCCACACAGCAAAUGCUUAGCUAUAAGCCCGUUGGCCCACUGGGCGCCCUCUCGCCGCUGCAGGUGUCGAUGGCCAAGCGUUUUGGCGAAAUUGGCGGCUCUAUGUCACCAAAUGCUGGGCUAUCGUUCUUAUCGCCACGCCGUGAAGAACCACGCAUUGUAGAAAUGCCCGUCCAAGGAGGCGUAAUGCCAGAGAAACCAGUGUGUACUAAGAAAUUCAGGCGUCGCUAUGUGGAGGAAGACGACGCCACUUCGGUCAUAACUAGCGAAGAGGAUGAUUGCAUAUCGCCCGGAUAUCACACCUCUUUGCCCAUGGAGGUGCAUGGCUCUUGCUAUUCUGAAAUGCAAAUGAUUUCGCAGGCCUCUUAUCAUCGUCUGCGCUGCAGCAGUGUCAUUAUAACCCAGCACUCAUUCGAUCUGGAGACCUUCACAUACUAUGUAAUUAGUAUGCUCUGCCAAAAGCAUCAGAAGAUCUACAACGUUUUCUACGACUGGGCCUAUGAGGUCAUCAAUGUGUGCCCACUUAGCCAGACUGUUAAUUGCUUGCUAAUGGCACAAUUUUCUGCUCGAGAUCAGGUGAAUUGCGCCCACUGUGCGGGACGCUUGGAUUGUGUAUUUCAUAGUCGUCAAUACGAGUGUCGUAUAUUGUUCAACUGGAAUAUGGAAACUGGACAAUGGCAGGUCCUAGACUAUGGCGAACUGAAGGAAAUGCUUGAGCUGUUUAGUCCACUGAAGCGUUUGGGCAAGUCGCGUCUAACACUGGGCCAAAUGACCCAAAAGAUGGCCCUAGAAUUGGUCGGCAGUUUGAAUCGAUUGCCCGAUUAUACAAGCAAUUUGCGUAUCUUAAACGCAGAUAUGAAAAAAUCCAAGACAUUCAUUUCGGAUCUGGAUAAUAUGGUGGAGUUUCAUCUAAAGCGUAUCACACAAAAUGAGACGUCUUAGGGGGGGGAAAGGCACUGUAUCCUAAACUUGGCCGUGCAUCUAGUUCAGUUCUAAACACAAAUGAAAAAGUGUGCUGUUUUUUUAGUUUUUAGUUAAUCUUUACCUUACUUAGUGCAACGAAACGCUUAUGCAAAAAGAAAAACUGGUUGGAAUACGCGUCCUAAUUUCGACUGAAGUCAUUUAAGUAAUACCAUAAUAUUCAACUACGAUAUCUAGUUAUAGAAAUGCGAGCAUUAUCUAUGCAGAUAAUUGACCACUUCUAUCUCUUUGUAUAAUUUUUGAUAUUCGACAUUUCAAUUCAACUAAUAAUCUUUAGUCUUAGUUAGUGGGUAUAAUUAAUUACAAAUUUACUUACAUCUAGUUAGCGGUUCUCCGAAAUAUACAAGUCUAUUCACAGUACACAUUACGAUGAGUGAGUUAAUCAAGUAAUACAUGAAUAGCCAUAAUAAAAAUGAUAUUAUACUUAAGCAGUUCAAAUCAUGACAAUUUCAAAUAAAAAAAAAAAAUAAUUUUCACAACA